AUGGCCGGUCAUCGACAAUCGUUGGCAGCGGCUUCUCUGAAGCUCCCAGCUCUUCUGCUUCUGUGGAUCUUUAGCUUGAACUGGGGGCAUGCCGUCGCGCACUUUGAUCCUGCAAACAUGACGGAACUGCAGAAACAUGUCUCCUUUUUCGACCGCAACAAGGAUGGCUUCAUCACUCCUGUGGAAACCAUCCAAGGGUUUGUUGCAAUCGGUUGCGAGUAUGCAUUUGCUACUGCUGCCUCAGCCUCCAUUCAUGGUGCCCUUGCUCCUCAAACAACCCCGGCUGGCACACCACUGCCUCACUUGACAAUAUACGUGGAGAAUAUCCACAAAGCUAUGCAUGGAAGUGAUUCGGGUGUAUACGAUCCUAAAGGAAGGUUUCUUCCCCAAAAGUUUGAGGAAUUAUUCAAAACAUAUGCAAUACUCCGGCCAGAUGCGUUGACACUUGCAGAGAUGCAUGCGAUGCUCUUUGCUAAACGAGAUCUAGACCCGAUAUCAUGGGCGCCACCCGAGAUAGAGUGGGGGCUAUUAUUCACGCUUGCAAGCGAUUGGCUUGGAUUUCUUCACAAGGACAGUGUUAGAGGUAUAUACGAUGGAAGCGUGUUUACCAAGUUGGAGAAGAAAUGGCACCCUUCUCAAAGUGAUAUAUGA